GACUUUUAAUACUUUUAAUACUUAUAAGACUUUUAAUACUUUUAAGAGUUAUAACUCCUAUCGCUCUUAUAAGUCUUAUAGGAGCUAUAAGAUCGAUUGCUCCUAUAAGCGCGGGAUCCCUAAAAAAGUCAAGGAUCGACUUAGCC